UCGCUGUUACGACUUACAAAACGGUCCUGUUCGACUGAUCGUUAUUCUUAAACGGCAAGAUGAUGCUGAUCAAAAGUUUUUUCCGGAGGAUUAUCAAAGACUUCCGGCACAAGGAGCUGCUACCUCUUAAAAUGAUAUUCUUCGUUCAAGCAUCGACGCUCUAUGUACUUUAUCCAUACUUGACGAUACACAUGAGGGAACUCGGGAUAAACGUGGAGGAGACUGCCAUAAUGAGCGCGAUAACGCCGGUGAUCGCAAUGGUGAUGCCACCUUUGGCUGGAAUGCUCGCAGAUCGUGUGGGAAAUUUCAAAAUCUUGCUAUCUCUGUUCUCAUUGUUCGGAGGAAUUGCGGCACCUUUGUUGCUGCUCGUGCCGCUAGGCAGGAUAACCGUGGAAUUACCAGACAGAGUCGUUAUGGACCUCAGCUGUGCAGAGAAUAAUAACGGGCUGCUUUACACGAUGAGCCAGAACCAUCCUUGCGAGACGAGCUUGCAGCCCAAGAUUUUCACGAGGAUAGAGAGUUGCGGUUACAUGUGCCAUUUAGACACUUAUAAUGACACCGAAGUACAGUCAAUUCUCUCAUCAAGGAUGUACUCGAUCAACCGACACGACACGGAAACGGGUGCGAAUUCCUUGUUCAAGUUUUCGAUCCCUCAAGAAGACAUGCCACAAUCGGUACAAUUUUUACAGGAAAAAGAACAAGAUCUGAGGGAGCACCGGAAGUUAAAGAACAACGAGAACUUCAAAACGUCGAUACGACAGUUCUCCAAGAACGAGUACUUCUUUCCAUCGAACCAGCUCUACGAGUUCUCGUGCACCCCUUCAGGUUUUGUCGAAGAUUUCUACUCGUCAACCCUAGACACUACCAUGUCGAAGAAAAUGUACGAAAACCGUACUCUCUGCGCUUUCAAACCGAUCGUAACUCAUAAGGAUAACGUCAGUCAAGCGAUAAAUUAUCACUCGUACAAGUCCAAACUGAAAAGCUUGGAGAUCACGGAUGAAGAUCGGGAAAUGAAUCGGCAGAGGUACCUGGCGGAAGAGAUGGCGUGGACUGAAAUGGAAUUUCAGAAAAUCACCUGUGGAAAUUCUAGUUUGGAGACCGACAGGAUCGUUCUGACUCUACCACUUUUUAAUUACUCUAUAAGCUCGGAGCCUUACGAGAUCCUGAACACGGAAGACUGCAGCAAAAGGUGCAUUGUUACUGCACCUCGGCAGGAAAUGUGCUCGAACACCGAUACGGUGAUCGAAUACAACAUAAGACUGACUUUCUGGCUAUACUUCGCCGUCAGGGUGUUCAUCAGUGUCAUCGGUGGUACUACGUUUGCUAUGUUCGAGGGAGCGGUAAUCGCCAUAUUGCGUGAACAAAAAGCUGAUUAUGGUCUUCAAAGGAUUUAUGGUAGUAUUGGUGGUAUAAUAUCGUCGCCGCUCUCUGGACUUCUUAUCGAUUAUGCGAGUUAUGGCAAGGGUUACACGGAUUUCAGGCCGGCAUUUUAUCUGUAUGCGGGCCUAAAACUUGUCUCGGGGCUGCUGAUGCUCGCCAUUAAUUUGGAAUUCAAAUCACCGUCCACAAACGUGGUUCAUGACGUUUCCACCGUGCUAAGGAAUGUCGAAGCUGCAGCCCUCUUCAUCGCCUGCUUUAUUCUCGGAACUGCUUGGGGAUACAUCGAAUCGUUCCUCUUUUGGUUGAUACAAGAUUUAGGAGGAUCAAGAUCACUCAUGGGUAUCACCAUAACCGUAGGCGGUAUAGCCGGUAUACCAUUACUGGUACUAUCUGGUCCAAUCAUAUCAAAGAUCGGCCAUGCCAAUGUACUUUUUAUAGGCUUCGUUUUUUACGCCAUAAGACUUUGUGGUUACUCUCUAAUAUACAAUCCUUGGCACACUCUUAUUUUCGAGGCAUUAGAAUCCGUCACUUUAUCGCUUAGUUUUACUGCUGCGGUUACUUACGCAGCGAAAUUGUCCACCACCACUACUGAUAGCUCGAUACAGGGAUUAUUAGGGGGAGUUUAUUAUGGCGUUGGCAAGGGUUCUGGAAGCUUGAUCGGUGGUUACCUGAUGAAAGCCUACGGCACUCGACCGACCUAUCGAAUCUUCGCAGUGGUAACUCUUAUCACCGGUAUAAUGUACUACAUCUUCAACGUAGCGUAUCUGAAAAAGCGGCCGCAGGUCGAAGGGAACGAUAUCGUGAAAAAGAAACCGAAACACGUGGAAAAUCAAAACGGUCUCGAUAUCGGAUUGGAGGAGAUUGGAGUCGACAAUCAAGCCUUCACCAAAGAGGGAAAUACGGAACAAACUAGAAACCGAAGGAAAGAAAUCGAAGAGAAACAGAAGGAACAGCACAGUGGCCAUUAAGAAACGCGAGCAACCUUGAUGAAAUCGAGAAAACACGCCGUCAGAAGAAAAACAAAGAAAUUCAGAGCUAAAAAUCAAAUUCGAACUGACGAAGAUGUGAUCGAGAGAAAUGGAAGAAUGCUCGAUGACAAAAUUGCGCGACGAAUUCAAGCUUGGAAAGCGACCAAAGUCGAGAGAUAACUGGAAAAUACCGAAGUGGAGAAGUUCCUCUAGAGAUCUCGAUACUCUUUUCUUUCUUGUUCUUUUUUUUUUUUGUUCUUCACUAUGAGACUAUUUUCACGUCACUGAGAAGGUAUUUAAGCGAGGUAUAUUAGUA